AUUCCCACACCCAUACUUUGCGUCCCUUGCAAUUCACACGUACGGAUUUCCGAGCCGGCAUGUUCUCGUUUCAUCCACAAGACUAUUCUUAGCCGAGCCGAGCCAACCCUUAGAAAACGUUUUCUAUGUCGCUGCGCCGCCGCCGCGCCCCGACGCGCGAAUGGUCUGGACCAACGUCACCUCCGGUCUCAAGUGUCAUGGCUGCCUUGAGAGUCUAGUGAGUGUGCACCCGUGGUGGGGAAGGUGCAAAGCCUGCACGCUGAGGCCCAGUAGAAUAAAGUUGCAUUUUGGUUGUGGAGACGACAGCUUCUCCGGUCCCUCGGCCAUGGCAGCUUCCGGGAGUGGUAUGGCCCAGAAAACCUGGGAAUUGGCCAACAACAUGCAGGAAGCGCAGAGUAUCGAUGAAAUCUACAAAUAUGACAAAAAACAACAACAAGAAAUCCUGGCGGCGAAACCCUGGACUAAGGAUCACCACUACUUUAAAUACUGCAAAAUCUCAGCACUAGCUCUACUGAAAAUGGUGAUGCAUGCCAGAUCAGGAGGCAACUUGGAAGUGAUGGGCUUGAUGCUUGGGAAAGUCGACGGUGAGACCAUGAUCAUCAUGGACAGUUUUGCUUUGCCUGUAGAGGGCACUGAAACCCGCGUAAAUGCUCAGGCUGCUGCGUAUGAGUAUAUGGCUGCAUACAUAGAAAAUGCCAAACAGGUUGGCCGCCUUGAGAAUGCAAUCGGUUGGUAUCAUAGCCACCCUGGUUAUGGCUGCUGGCUCUCCGGGAUUGAUGUUAGCACACAGAUGCUUAACCAGCAGUUUCAGGAACCCUUUGUAGCAGUGGUGAUUGACCCAACCAGAACAAUAUCUGCAGGAAAAGUGAAUCUUGGCGCCUUUAGGACAUAUCCAAAGGGCUACAAACCUCCUGAUGAAGGACCUUCUGAGUACCAGACUAUCCCACUUAAUAAAAUAGAAGAUUUUGGUGUGCACUGCAAACAACAUGAUGUGUUUCUUCUUUCCAGCUGUAAAACCACCAUAGAAGCCAUCCAUGGACUGAUGUCUCAGGUUAUUAAGGAUAAACUGUUUAAUCAAAUUAACAUUGCUUAGUUACCACUGAGUACUUUUCCUCAGAGCUGGUAUGUGGAAGGAAAAGAGAAGCUCGAGUAACACUUUUAACCCAGUUACCAAAACUCAGAUUAGAAGACUAAGGUGCUGUGUGGUAUCCUGAGUAUUAGCACUGUAAUAAAACUAUCACAUGAAAUUGUC